AAGGCGGAUUUCACCAAUAUUUUAUUUAACAUAAAUCAACAUCCUGUUUUGCAUUUUUAAAGGAAUGUGUGUGAAUUUAUUGUGUUUUAUCUUAACCCCAAAUUAAUUAUGAAGCUAUUAAAUAAAUCUAAAAAAUAAUUUGGAUACUAUUAUGAAAACUGUUUCUUCCAAAAGCCUCCUCUCAGCUAAACCUGCUAAUAACAGCCAUUAAAAAGCGGUGAUCUGAAGGGCUGGGGAGUGAGCUGGUUGGCAUGCCUGCGGUCUGAGGUCUGAGGCAGAGCUCUGAUCCAGCUGUGGCUCGAGAACGUCGCGUCACUUCCUCAGCGCGCGCGCGCCCAUCCCUCUGGAAAGACGAGGAAAAAAAAAAAAAAAAAAGAAACGACAUCGAGAAUUCACACGACGGCGGGAGAGGCGCGAGGGAAAAACGGAGCGAGGCGCAGAAAGCCAGAUGAAAAAGUUGGACACAGAAGGGAGAGUCAACCAAAGAGAAGAAAACACGCUUUACAACCAUGCCGCUCCACAAAUCAUCCCGGGCCCCUCGCCUCGACCCUACCAUGAUCUCGGCCCCUUUGGGGGACUUUCGACACACCAUGCACAUCGGGAGAGGUGGGGACGCCUUUGGCGACACCUCGUUCCUGUCCAAAGUGGACCCAAGUUCGGCCACUCCUGACCAGCCAGCUGCGGAGCCGGAGUUAGCGGUCAACCACAGUGGCCUCCAUACGGAUGUUCCUGGAAGCCCAGAGGACAAUCAGCUCAAGCGCUCCGAUUCAGAGUCUUCACUAACCCUGGACCUGGACUUGGAUCUGGACCUGGGUCCGUCAAUGCUCGGGGAUGUAUUGGGAGUUAUGGACGGUUUAGCGCUUGACUCAAACAGUGACAAUGUGUUGAGCCCCCAAAGCGGCUCCUUUAUGGAGGUAAAGCAGUACAAAGGGGACAUGAAGAUGGCCACGAAGAUGGACGUAAACGGUGAUGGAACCCACGCGGGAGACGGCAGAAUACCGGAUGAGAACGGGAUCAAGCCGAAGGGCUUACGGCCAAAGGUCCGAUUCAGCGACAAGCGCGAGGAGAUCAUUCGCCAGGCGUCUGAAGAGGACGAAGGGCGAGCCUUUGAUUGUCUGGAUGAAGAUCCGCCUGGUUCCCUGAGUCCAACCAGAGGUGAAACUCAGAUCGGUGAAGCCAAGCUGGCCAAUCACAAAGUAGAUUUACCGCCCAGCCCGGCUUCAUCACACAGCUCGGCAGAAGACGCUCCGCUGGACAGGAGGAGGCUGGACAGUGGCCACUCAGAGACUGACUCAGAGGAAGAGGAGGAGGAGGCAGGAAGAGGCUACACAUUUGAAGACGAAUUUGAUGAUGAAAUUGGCCUAUAGGAGAUGGCUAAUACUCCUCUUUAAAAACAUAUCAGUACUGUUAAGUAAAAAAAUAAGUAUUCUGUAUUUUCUGAACACAUCACCCAAGUAUCAUGCGAGAAGGAGACUUAGACAAAACCGAUCUGUUCUCAAACUUUAUGUAAAAGGACUACAAGCACAAUACUCCUCAACUGGAAAACUUUUAGCUGCAAAGGUCACAGACGUCCCGAUGACUUUAUAAACAAAAAAUGACAUUGUGUGUAAUCAGUGAAAAGAUUGUAGCACUUUUGACUUUCAUUCAGCUGCAGCUUCACUCCCAGACUGCAGCGCUGUGUAAAGUUUGUAUUUCGGUCUCAGUAAAAUAAGGUCUUUUUUUGUCUUAUAUCUGAUAUGUAAUCUGUACACAGUUAGCACUGUUUAUAGAACUUUUAUGUGCCUUAAAGGGAGCUGUUUCCUAUUGGACUACAUGCUGUCAAGUGUCUUUAAAGUCAUAAUUGUUACUUUUUUUGUUUUCAUCUGUUUGAAAGCUUUAGUCCUCAGAGACAGUCUUCAUAAGUCUUUGUGAAUUUGGUACAUUCCAAAUCAGGUGUUUUUGUUUAUGCUUGAUCACUUCUUCUUGGCGGGAUGGGCUGGCAAAGACAAUCAUGGGAUAUAUGUUUGUUUUGUAGAUACAUUCUACCUGUAAACCUUUUUUUUUUUGCUUAAAAUAAUUUCACAAUGCUGUAAAAGAUAGCAUUCUGCUAAAAAAAAUGUCUGUUUUUAUCCUAUAGAUGACUACAGAGAAAACAAUAAAGCA